AUGUGGACGAGGCGCAGUCUGCUGAGAGCUGCGGUGAAUGAGCGGCUGGCUGCGGCUGCAGAAGAGAUCUUUGUGCUGCUGGAGAGAACUAUAGCGGAGUAUGAGGAGGAAGUGUGUCGCUCCAAAGAGCAGAACCAGAGGAACCAGCAGAACCAGAGGAACCAGCAGAACCAGAAGAACCAGCAGAACCAGAGGAACCAGCAGAACCAGAGGAACCAGCAGAACCAGAGGAACCAGCAGAACCAGAAGAACCAGCAGAACCAGAGGAACCAGCAGAACCAGAGGAACCAGCAGAACCAGAGGAACCAGAGGAACCAGAGGAACCAGCAGAACCAGCAGAACCAGAGGAACCAGCAGAACCAGAGGAACCAGCAGAACCAGAGGAACCAGCAGAACCAGAAGAACCAGCAGAACCAGAGGAACCAGCAGAACCAGAGGAACCAGCAGAACCAGAAGAACCAGCAGAACCAGAGGAACCAGCAGAACCACAGGAACCAGCAGAACCAGAGGAACCAGCAGAACCAGAGGAACCAUCAGCUGGAAGCGGGGGUUGAAAUCCACUGGUUCAGAUCGAUUCAGGAAACUCCAGAGACUCUACGCGUGAGCGACGAACCCUCAGAACUGGGCCUGAAACAGGAGGAAGAGGAGGCAGAGGAGAGGCUGAAACAGGAGGAAGAGAAGCUCCCAGACUUCACUGCUGUGUGUGUGAAGAGUGAAGAGCAGUCCUCACUGAUUGAAGAAGACAGAGAGGAAGCACAGGUCCUCUGUGGAGGAGCAGACAUCAGCUCACAGACACAUUUACACUCAGAGACAGAAGAACAGAGACACCACUCUUACACUGACCAUGAUGAAGACCAUGAUGAAGACCAUGAUGAAGACUAUGAUGAAGACUGGGGACAUCCAGGCAGCAGUUCUACUGCACAGAUGCAGACAGAGGCUGAGGGAGACCUCUACAACCAAGUCCACACACAGGGACUGUCAGGGACCGGACCCAGAGACCUGCUGUCAGGGACCGGACUGUCAGGGACCGGACUGUCAGGGACCGGACUGUCAGGGACCGGACUGUCAGGGACCGGACUGUCAGGGACCGGACUGUCAGGGACCGGACUGUCAGGGACCGGACUGUCAGGGACCGGACCCAGAGACCUGCUGUCAGGGACCGGACCCAGAAACCGGCUGUCAGGGACCGGACUGUCAGGGACCGGACUGUCAGGGGCCGGACUGUCAGGGACCGGACUGUCAGGGACCGGACUGUCAGGGACCGGACCCAGAGACAGAGGAGCAGAGAAAUCUCACUCUUGCUCCGUCAAACCUAAACGUCCACAUGAAGUGUCACAGACUGUAGCUUCUCACAGGAGGAACCAGGAACAAGAGGAACCAGGAACAAGAGGAACCAGGAACAAGAGGAACCAGGAACAAGAGAUCCAGGCCCGAGUCCCCACAGAUCCAGGCCCGAGUCCCCACAGAUCCAGGCCCGAGUCCCCACAGAUCCAGGCCCGAGUCCCCACAGAUCCAGCUCGUGUGCUAACAACAGUUAGCUCGUGUGCUAAAGCUAAGCAGAGUAAGAUGAGUGAGAGGCGCAGUCUGCUGAGAGCUGCGGUGAAUGAGCGGCUGGCUGCGGCUGCAGAAGAGAUCUUUGUGCUGCUGGAGAGAACUAUAGCGGAGUAUGAGGAGGAAGUGUGUCGCUCCAAAGAGCAGAACCAGAGGAACCAGCAGCUGCUGGAGGCUCUGCGGCCCAGAGUCCUGCUCCACAGAACUGAAGUAACGACCAACUCCAGUGGAUCAGACCCAGAGACGAGAGUGAAGCAGGAACCACCAGAACUGGGCCUGAAACAGGAGGAAGAGGAGGCAGAGGAGAGGCUGAAACAGGAGGAAGAGAAGCUCCCAGACUUCACUGCUGUGUAUGUGAAGAGUGAAGAGCAGUCCUCACUGAUUGAAGAAGACAGAGAGGAAGCACAGGGACAGCUCUGUGGAGGAGCAGACAUCAGCUCACAGACACAUUUACACUCAGAGACAGAAGAACAGAGACACCACUCUUACACUGACCAUGAUGAAGACCAUGAUGAAGACCAUGAUGAAGACUAUGAUGAAGACUGGGGACAUCCAGGCAGCAGUUCUACUGCACAGAUGCAGACAGAGGCUGAGGGAGACCUCUACAACCAAGUCCACACACAGGGACUGUCAGGGACCGGACCCAGAGACCUGCUGUCAGGGACCGGACUGUCAGGGACCGGACUGUCAGGGACCGGACUGUCAGGGACCGGACUGUCAGGGACCGGACUGUCAGGGACCGGACUGUCAGGGACCGGACCCAGAGACCUGCUGUCAGGGACCGGACUGUCAGGGACCGGACUGUCAGGGACCGGACUGUCAGGGACCGGACCCAGAGACCUGCUGUCAGACUUCUACAACCAAGUCCACACACAGGACUCUAGUGCAGCUGUGUUGAGCAAAUACAGGUCCACGUCCCACACGUUGGGAACCACUGCUCUCUACAGGUCCACGUCCCACACGUUGGGAACCACUGCUCUCUACAGGUCCACGUCCCACACGUUGGGAACCACUGCUCUCUACAGGUCCACGUCCCACACGUUGGGAACCACUGCUCUCUACAGGUCCACGUCCCACACGUUGGGAACCACUGCUCUCUACAGGUCCACGUCCCACACGUUGGGAACCACUGCUCUCUACAGGUCCACGUCCCACACGUUGGGAACCACUGCUCUCUACAGGUCCACGUCCCACACGUUGGGAACCACUGCUCUCUACAGGUCCACGUCCCACACGUUGGGAACCACUGCUCUCUGUGGCUGA